UUUGCUAGAGCAAAGGUUCUCAGCUUUAGAGGCCAGGCACGUUAAGGAGCUCCAGGAUCUUCAGAAGGAGAAACAGCAGUUGCAGGACAUGCUGGAGAGACAGAGGCGCCUGGUCACCCAGCUAAAUGGAGAGCUGGGGAGCUCCACACACAACAGCACACUACUGCAGAAACAGCAGGCUAUACUGACUGACACCGUGCAGCAGCUGCUAACCAUGGUCACCCACUGCAACGAUAUACCCACUACACCCAAAGAGGAGCCAGUGAUCUACAGAAACUGUGCUGAAAUCUACAGAUCUGGGCUCACAGAGAAUGGUGUCCACAGCAUACGACCCCCUAACUCUACCCGCACAGUUAAG